GUUUUCAGCCUUAUUUUUAAGUCCGAAAGACUUUUUAUGCAUGGAAUUUUCACAGUUACUUCUAUCUGUUAUGUAUUUUCUUUAGGAUGGUGAUCUCAUGCAUGGGUGUAAAAUAAGUUUGAAUGUGCUCAAAUGUUGUUUGGGUAGGUUUGUUUAGUAAAUGAGCUAAAAAAAUUUAUGUAAGCUUAGCAUUAGGGGUGUCAAAAACGGGUUGCGGGUCGAGUUCGGGUCGAACUUGACAAACCUGACAUGUUUUAAAAAAUAGGUCAGAUUUUCAGACCCGAUCCCGACCCGAAAAUUCGUCAGAUUCUCAGACCCUAGGUGAGUCGGGUUCGGAUUUGAGAAUCUGACAUAUUUUUAAUUAGUGUAAAAUAAAUAUAUGUGAUUAUAUUUAUUUCAUUUGAAAUAAAAUGAAUCAAAGCAUAAAGUUCAAUAAUAGUAAUGAUCAGUGUGUUGCGAGUAGCAACAUUAAGAAGCGAGUGAUGAUGGCGGCGGUGGAUAGUUGCAGAGGUAGUUGUUGACAGUAGCUUGCGGUGAUAAUGAUAAUGAAUUAAGUCAAUUAACAAUGUAUUUUAAAAAAUUAAUUAAAUUUAAUUAUUUUUAAAUGCAUCACAAUUGAAUUAGAGGAUAAAUUUGAAAUUCACCAAUAAAUAAUUUUAAUUUUGAAAUUCACCAAAUCAAAUAAUUUAAUUUUUUUAUAAAAUUAUAUCCUCCCCCUCCUCACCACUGUCACAUAUGCUCAAUUAAUCCGUCCUCGUCCAAAUCCCAAUCUUCUCCCCUUCCUCGGUUCUUCCUUCUCCUCCAUGGCAGAACCAAAUAAUCCAGAAGGCGGCGAUAAGCCUGAAGAUUCCUACUCCGUAUGGGCACUCCCACCGUCGGACAUCAAGGACCGCCUCAAAUCUCUAAUGUCCUCUCUCCGAUCCGAGUUCGGCGGCCCAGCCUUCGAUCCGCACAUCACCGUCGUCGGCGACCUCCGCCUACGGCGCGACGAGGCCAUCGCUCGCUUCCAUUCCGCCAUCGCUACCCUCAAACCCUACACCGCUCGUAUCGCCGGCGUCGCAUACGGAACCUUCUUCUAUCAGUGCGUCUAUCUCCUCAUCCAUCCAUCCCCUGAGGUGGUGGAAACCAGCUCUCACUGCUGUGGCCAUUUAGGUUACAAGAGAUCAACUCCUUAUAUGCCUCAUGUGAGCCUUAUCUAUGGGGAUUUGAGCGACGAGGAAAAGGAGAGGGCGCGGAAGCGAGCGGAGGAGAUUGAUGAAAGUGUCUGCGGACUUACCUUCGAAGUCUCAUCGCUGGCUCUCUGCAAGACCGAUACGCUUGACAAGACGACCGAAUCGUGGGAGAUGGUUGAGCUCUGCGACCUGACGAAGAAGGAUUUUGCUUAGCUCUGCUUGGAGGAGCAUUGGAAUUCUACUACUGGUAUUGCUACUGAACCCUAGUUGAGAACUCCAUGCUUUUGAUGUUUGAUUUGAAAAUCUUUUGAUCAGUCAAACAGAAUAAGGAUGUUUAAAAGGAAUUUUAUAUAAUUAAGAUGUUUAAUUUCUUGAUCUAAUGUAUUAAGACGAGAGAUUUGUUAAAACCUUAGAAAAUUAUGAAAUGUACGAUGCAUCAUUGCCUUCUCCUCUA